CACAAAACCCACGCGGCCACGCCACAUAAGAGGACCUAGAUAAGAGAAAAUUAGAAGCCCUAUUUUUUAGACGGAUUUGCUUCCACAUUCUCCCCGACCGAUCAGCCUCUGGAGGCCGGCCAAAUGUCGAUAGAACAUGGGUUGCUGGGUGAUCAGUCGCAAGCGACAUUUUCGUUCACAGAUGAAGAUCAUACUUUAGCAAAUUCUUUGAGAUACAUUCUUAAUCAAGACCCGAGAGUGACAUUUUGUGGUUACAGCAUACCGCACCCUUCUGAUGCUCGGGUGAAUGUAAGAGUGCAGACAACUGGUGACCCAGCACGUGAGGUAUUGAAAGAUUCGUGCCAGGAUUUGAUGCUUGUAUGCCAGCAUGUUAGAAAUGCCGCUGAUGAGGCUGUUACGGUGUUCAAGAGCAAGCAAGGUGUAGAGUCGAUGGAUAUCAAAUAAUGUUUUACCUUUUGUACCAUCUAUUUAUAAAAGUUAAUUUGGGACUGAAUUUGAGGACUGCAACUACUUGUGGCCACCAUAUUGCCAAACUCGACAUGUUCAUCUCAUAUUGGUUGCUAUGCAAUAUUGAGUUAGUAGCAAAUAUUAUGGAUGAACAUCAAUUCUACUACUAUUAUUAUUAUUUUUUUUUUUUUUCUUUUUGAACAAUACGUUUGAUUUUGUUCCAUUUUA